AUGCACAACAACCUGCGUAUGUUCCAUCUCGAUGGCAUCCCCCCCGCUCCUCGCGGCGUGCCCCAAAUCGAAGUCACUUUCGAUGUGGACGCCAACGGCAUCCUGAACGUGUCCGCCGUCGAAAAGGCCACGGGCAAGAGCAACAAGAUCACCAUCACCAACGAGAAGGGCAGACUUUCUCAGUCCGACAUCGACAAAAUGGUCCAGGAAGCCGAGAAGUUCAAGGCUGAGGAUGAGCUCCAGAAGAAGCGCAUCGACGCUAAGAACGGUCUCGAGAACUACUGCUACACCAUGCGCAACACCAUGCAGGACGAGAACAUCAAGUCCAAGAUCGACGAAGCCGACCGCAAUACCGUCGACACCAAGCUCAACGAAAUCAUCCAGUGGCUCGACCACAACCAGGACGCUAACACCGUUGACUUCGAAAACAAACAGAAGGAAAUCGAAGCCGUCUGCAACCCCGUCAUGAUGAAGGCCUACGGUGGCGCCGGUGGCAUGCCCGACAUGUCUGGUAUGCCCGGCGGCCCUGGCGGCCCCGGCGGCCCUGGCGCCGCCCCCGGCGGACCCACUGUCGAGGAGGUUGACUAA